CUCGAAACGCGUCGGGAAGCGCGCAAUCAAAACCUCACGUACAGCCACCACAUCUUUUCAUUAAUAUGUGACGAUUAUACCACAUAUCGCCAUGGCACUCUGUUGAGCUUAUCGACCGCUGUUUUCUAACACUGGACUGCUAUCGUCAUCUUCUCAUCUAGCAAUGUCAGCUUUCAAAGCAAUUUAUGAUCAGCCGAUCGCUAGCAUCAAAGGAAUAACUUUGGACAUGUCUGCAUACACGACUCCACGCAGAUUUCGCCUCAUAGACUGUACACAACUGGUACAGGAAGCGAGACUGCGCAUCCAUGAAUGUCAGGACAUCUCGACCGAUAUCCCGUACGCGGCAAUCUCGUACGUCUGGCGAGGCAAUCCCAUCGAUGCUGCACAUCCUGCCGACAAUGAGGGUACAUUCGCGGUCAAGGGCGCGGAAGACGGUGACCCGAUCAGUAUCAGUGUGCUCAAGCACGCGUGCAAGGCGGCACUGCAGUCUAAUGCAAUGUACAUCUGGCUCGACAGGCUUUGUCUCAUGCAAACGAGUCGCGACGACAAGGCAUGGCAGAUCGCGAGGAUGCACAACGUAUAUCGCCUGUGCGAAAUAUGCAUCAUCCUCCCUGGGGGGAUCCAGCGCCUGGUCGGCUUAGACGAGGAGACUGCGUGGAUCCACCGCGCGUGGACGUUGCAGGAGGUUCUGCUCCCGAAGCAGGCCGUCGUCCUUUACGCAUGGAAGCUUGGCUCGGGGUCAUGGGAAUACCCAUCGCCCACGGAAUGCGUCGUUACGGAAGUCAUCCCAGAACAAUCUGCGGUGUCCCCCGUCGUCGACGUCCUCGAGGCCUCGAUCGGCUCGCUCUGCUACGGCCGCUUCGCGAGGGGGGACGAUCUCUGGACGCGCUGGCCCGCCAUAUUUCGCAGCACCGUCUCCAAAGGCGAGUCCACCGCGCGGGCUGGUCUCGCACAGGUCAUCAGCCUGCUCGCCUCGUUGGACCUCGUCGACGACGACGCAAGGGAGCAAGCGGUCUGGCGCUGCGCGCUGAUGCGCACGUCCUCGCGCCCGGUCGACAUGGUGUUCAGCAUCAUGGGUUUGUUUGGUGUCGAAUUGGACGCGCGUGCGUUCGGCAAGGACGACCGCCUCGGUGCGACUAUCGCGCUCGCGCAGAGGAUCCUGAAGAAAGGAGGCACAUCCAGCUGGCUCGCGGUCUCGUUCUACCUCGCACCGUGCAAGCAGCUGUCAUCCUUCCCUGAAUUCCCACGGACGAGCGUCGAGGGGUGCGCAUAUGUAGAGACGGAUCGGGGCGUGCGCGAGGUGGCGGCGCUUGUCGGCGGCGAAUACGACGUGGGAUGGUCGCUCGAGGGUGUGCCAACGGGUCGGAUGGACGACCGGGGAUACCUCAAGCUGAACGCCAAGGCGGCGCCGAUAGUCCCCACCGGCCAGCGGCAGGAGGGAUUCAAGGGCGGGAUAGACAACAUGUGGGCAGGGAAGGCGCUCGUUGACAUAGAUGGGGCGGUCUGGCGCGUGGUAGGCGAAUCUGAGGAGAGCAGCCUGGGUCCGCGUCGGUUUGCUGUGUUUAUUGGGACGCAGGAGGCAUUCCCGCUGCGCAGCCAGUCAAGAUGGCAUGCGGGGUGGGGAGUGCGCGCGAUUUUGGUGGAGGAGCAUGCGCCGGGGAGAUUCCAUAGGACGUCAUGUUUCAUGCUGGGCGAUGUCUUCAAUGCUGUCGUAGAUGGUUGGAAGACGCAUGCGAUUGCGAUUGGGGGCCCAGAGGACUAGGUACGGAGAGGUGACUGUUCAUCUGAAUUUUCUGCAGGUUACCUAUGGAUGCAUUCACUCGGUACAGGUCACGUUGAUAUCCUGUUUGUUGGCGAAAAAUUCAAUCAGGCACGUGUGGGGGUGGAAUGCACACAACACAAAUUUAUAUUACAUAUUAGCGGUCACAC